GGGAUGCCCUGCAGGGGCGUCAACUUCACCGUUCUAUCAUCUACUCGGUUUGCGUUUAAUCUUUUCUUCCUACAACGACGCUUCUUGCUCGUUGCCAUUAGCGACGUCGAAUCCUUCCCUACGCCGCCAUUCGCGACUCUCUCCUUUUCCAACAAUGGAGAAACGCGAAUUAGAGAAACUUGCUUCUGUCGAGCUCAACGAACAAGUUCGUCAGAGCAGGGACCUUCCUCAACCGGCCAUCGCACAACAAGCUCGCAAUCGUACAAAGUUCAGUGCAGCUGCGAUAAUUCCAGUCUGGAUUUGUCUGAGUAGUGGGGUCAUCAUCUACAAUAAUUACAUUUACAACACCUUGAACUUCAAGUUUCCUGUCUUUUUGGUCACUUGGCAUUUGACUUUUGCAGCCAUCGGAACACGAGUCCUUCAACGUACCACGCAUCUUCUCGACGGUGCAAAAGAUGUUCCAGUCAGCAAAGACAUGUUCUUUCGCUCCAUCCUCCCCAUAGGUCUCCUUUUCUCUGGCAGUCUCAUCCUCAGCAAUACCGCUUAUCUGUACCUGAGCGUGGCCUAUAUUCAGAUGUUAAAGGCAUUCACCCCCGUAGCCAUCCUACUCAUCACAUGGGCCACCCGCAUCAGCGAACCUUCACGCAAACUGCUCCUAAUCGUUCUCAUGAUUUCUUCCGGCGUCGCCAUCGCAAGCAAGGGUGAGAGAUGGUUCAGUUUGGUCGGAUUCUUCAUUCAGGCUGGAGGAGUCGGGUUCGAAGCCACCCGUCUCGUACUCAUUCAAACCCUCCUCCACGGGCUCAAGAUGGACCCCCUCGUCUCGCUCCACCUCUACGCACCCGUCUGCGCGCUCAUCAACCUCUGCGUCAUACCCUUCACAGAGGGUCUGCAGCCAUUUUACGUAGUAUGGGGAAGUAUCAUAGGAUCAUAUAGCCAUGCGAUGUCUGCUGUAUCAGGCAGCGCAGCAUCUGCUAUGUCCAAUGCCGCAUCCAAUGCCACCGUCUCAAUAGUCGGCGGAUCGGGAGAGUUAUUCGCCGUUAUAGGCGAAGAGGUGGCACCUCACAUCACUCCCUUCCUACUUCUCACCAACGCGCUGCUUGCUUUCCUGUUGAACAUCGCAGCUGUGUUUUUGGUAGGCGCGGGGAGCGGGCUGGUGUUGACUCUUGCGGGAGUGUUGAAGGAUGUGUUGUUGGUAGCAGGGAGCGUGGUGAUUUGGGGUGGGCAGGUGGGCGUGAUGCAGGCGUCAGGAUACUCGAUAGCGCUGUGUGGAUUGGUGCUGUUCAGGGUAUCGGGUGGGAAGUGAAGCUCGUUUGAGACAGGACCUUUCCGAGCUCGUCUAUGACAUUGAUCGUUUAUUCUGCUCUGCUCCCAUAUUGUCACCACUCCCCUAUGGCUACAUUUCCAGCUCUUGAUUUCGGACUCGCUUGAAGCAGAGUCCUGUGUGCGCGUUUUGGCGCGUUUAUCUAUCUUGGAUCGCUCCCUGCCGGAUGCUCGUCCUCUUGCAUAUGAUUGAGCUCUUUGUUUUCUGCUCCGUCUUUGCACGCACUUUGUACCAUCGCAGUCACCCCUCCUGCAUACCCACUUCCAACGCCUAAUUCGC